AUGGACUUGGCAACAAGACUUGGAACUACUUUCCAGAAAUCUUCUCAUAUUUUAAAGAAAUUGGCGAACGAAGGAUUUUUGCUCAAGGUUCCUUCAAAUGGAGCGAUAACCAGGUUUUCGUAUGAAUGUAUUAAGAGCAAUGAGAUCAAGAAAAAAAUCAAAUACUACUUUAGCGUAGACCUAGCAACAUUUCCAGAGUAUCAUAAAGCUCUCGGUAAGCCUGUCCCAAGCCCGGCCCCGAUAUCAAGCUUGAAGCAUUCGUUAUUUGAGGAAAAUCAUUUCGCUUCCGAUGGCUGCAGCAACGUUGAUAGUUUCAGCAGACAUGAUAUUUGCAGCAAAGAUGAAAGUUGCCGAAAAGAUGUCGCUUCUAGCAAAAGCCGGUCUAUUGAGCCAUUGUUGAAAAAGAAAAAGCAAUCCAGCUCUACAGAAAACCCUAUAAAGGUUAGGGUUAUGUUCUGUGGCAGGCAUAAUGGAGUUGCAUUGUUGCAGUUUGGGUCAACUUUUAUGGUGCUCGGAAUUUAUAGCAGGGCGCUCUCUACUCAUCGGAAGCCGCUCUCGUUCUUAAAAUACUACAAACGCAGCAAAUUUAACGACCUUCAAAAUCCGUAUCCAUCAAUCGUUGAACUCAAACAAGCGGUCGACUAUUUUACGGAUUUAACCAGCCUAUCUCAAGCUAAACCCUCCAAAUCGAUGGAUCGUACAUUUGCAUCAAGAGACUUUUCAAAGAUUUCAGAUACAAUUUCGCCUCUUGCUGGGGAGGCAAUCAAAUGCGAAAAUAUCCAUAUGCGCAUUUCGGGGAGCGUAGGAAUCAUCGAGCUGGACCGUCCAUCAAAAUUGAACUCCUUGACAAUGCAAAUGAUUCAGCAGAUCACAACGUAUAUCCAAGUAACGUCUGCACCUACUUUCCUAGAUCCUUCGAGAUAG